AUGUUUUCAUUCUUUAGCGAUGAUUCCUGUGGUGGUGGAUGGGUCUGUGAACAUCGUUGGAGACAAAUUUAUAGUUUCGUCCAGUUUCGAAAUGUAGCCUGGGGUUAUCCAGUUGAAAAUUGGUGGGAUAAUGGUAACAAUCAAAUUGCAUUCUCUCGUGGAAACAAAGCAUUUGUUGCAAUUAACAAUGAUGAUUAUUCAAUGGAACAAUGGUUACAGACUGGGUUGCCAGCUGGUGAAUAUUGUGAUAUUAUUUCUGGUAAUUUGCAGAAUGGUAACUGUACAGGAAGACAAAUAACAGUCUAUGAAGAUGGUAAGGCUAUGAUAUCAAUUGCUAAUUCGGAACAGGAUCCAAUUCUCGGAUUACAUGUGGAAGCAAAAUUAUCGUAG